AUGGUGAUGAUGGACUCCAUUGUUGGGAGAAACUGGCCACUGACCUUCCUGGCUGGGACUCUGCUCUGGACAACCUGCCUUGGAGCUGCUAUGCAGUGCCACUUCAACUCCAAAGGUAAGCAAAGCCAUGCUCUGGGAUAGGGUGUUUAGCGUUAAUCUGAAGAGCUGUUGAAUGGAUUUCAAGUUCAGAGUAUAUUUUUAUUACCUGGUGAUUCAGGGUAUUAUUCAGGUUUGUUCGUCUUAAAUGAAAGUCCAUCGUCUACACUUUCAAGCCUGGGAAGACUGCUUUUGGUGCUAAAUGACUUGUUUAUGUUAAAGUUGUGAUUUAUAAAUUGAAGUUGAAGUUUAUUUGGAUAAAUGAAGGUUGGUUUAUGUAUGAUUGGGGUAACACCUUUGGUGGGGACUCUCUCUACCCUAGCCAUGUGUGUGUAUGAGGGGAGACACUACUCUCUGGGGGAGUCCUGGAUGGAGGAUGGCUGUCUGCAGUGUACCUGUCUGCACCCUGUCGGCGUCGGUUGCUGCGAGACGUGA